AUGGCUUCCUCAGUUGCUUCCAAUGGAUCACCAACUCUUCGUCGUACAAUGGAUCGCUGCCAUGAGAAUUCUGGACUUGUUGUCGACGAUGUCGUUGAUAAGAUGAGUGCAAGAAUGGACACUGCUAAUACUCUCAAAAAGGCCGCCACAGCUCUUUCUACCAACAAAUUGGGAAAUCAAGCUGCUCCUAAGAAGAUGAAGUUAAGCCAUGACACUUACAUCGCCCCAGCUACUGCGGCUACCUCGUGUCCAUCAUCUUCUUUCGAUAACAUGCCCAAUCCCGUCGAUAAACUAUUGGCCAAGCUUUCCGAGCAACAAGCAGUUCUUAAUCGACAACACGAGGCUUUGAGAAAUUCAGAUGAUUAUGGCUCUGGCAUUUCGCGUACCAUCGACUACAAUUCUGCUCCUACUUCAGUCCCAAUUACACCUGCCACCGAGACUUUUGACUCGGGCACGGCUACAACUGCUCCCACUACUCGUCCUCACAGUCGUGGUGACGGUGACAAUCAACCUAGUGCUGAAGAGGUUCUUCGUCUUAAGAUUGAGCUAGAGGCUGCAAAGGGCAGAAUUGCACGCAUGGAUCAAGAACUUGCACAAAACCGCAUUACAAAGCACACAAUUGAUCAAGCUAUUGGCAGCGUUUCCGAAGCUGACUUCCCUCUCGGAAAUGUUUUAGACAACGCCGCCGGCAUCCCUCCAAAUCACUUCCGUCCUCAGGUGGCUCGUGAAAGCUCUUGGGCUACUCAGGAAGAUGCACACUCAGAUCACAGCGAUGCUCUUUCCGCCAGUGGCUACAAUCGUACUCGGGCUAUUUGGGGCAAUAACAAACCAAAUUUCCCAAAUGCCCCACCAAUGCCUUCCUUUCAGCCUUCCGAUCCACAUACUACUGGACAGUGGAUGGGCCGUGGUGGUUGCAGCCAGCCUUUUGUUGAGUCGAACACGUCCUUUGGCGGGCCGCCUCCAAACUCAUUUCGCGGCGAAAGAUAUGAGCACGACAUGAACAUGCCAGGUGGUGGAGUCCGUCGUAACAACGGCAGUCGAUUUAACAAUCGUAAUCUGGGUUCUAUUCCUUACUCAAGCAGCUCAAGCUCCUUCGAUGGUUUCACACCUUCCUCAAGCUCUUAUGGAUCUAUGGGUGGAGUUCCUACUCCACUCGGUAGUCAGAUGAACAUGGGUAUGAAUGUGGGAAGUGGAAUGUACUCAGGUUAUCAACCUCAGCCAAUUGGCACACCUCUUUCACCACAUGCACCGGAGUUCACUUCGUCCAGCGGAACAUGGAAGGCUGAAUCGGUUGCUAAUGAAGGUCAUCAAACCUAUCUGCCAACCACUGAGCCGUUGAACUACCGUCGUCUUCUGGACCGAACCGUCAAUUGCAAUUGGAAGUACAUUGUUGACAAAAUUGUCUGCAACAACGAUCAGCAGGCUUCAAUCUUCUUGCAACAAAAGCUCAAGGUUGGUACAACCGAGCAGAAGUACGAUAUUGUUGAGGCUAUUGUUGCCCAGGCCUAUCCUCUGAUGGUCAACCGAUUUGGUAAUUUUUUGGUGCAACGAUGCUUUGAGCAUGGCACUCCGGAGCAAGUUAUCAAGAUUGCGGAGGCUAUCCGUGGUAAUACCCUCAAUCUCUCCAUGGAUGCUUUCGGUUGUCAUGUCGUCCAGAAGGCUUUUGAUUCAGUACCAGAGGACUACAAGGCUAUUAUGGUUCACGAGCUCCUCCGUCGGAUCCCUGAGACCGUCAUUCAUCGAUAUGCUUGUCAUGUUUGGCAGAAGUUGUUUGAGCUUCGCUGGACCGAGUCUCCUCCUCAGAUCAUGAAGUACGUCAAUGAAGCCCUUCGUGGUAUGUGGCACGAGGUUGCUCUUGGUGAGACUGGUAGUUUGGUUGUUCAGAACAUCUUCGAGAACUGUCUUGAGGAAGACAAGCGCCCUUGCAUCGAGGAAGUUCUUGCUAGCAUUGACAUCGUCGCUCAUGGACAAUUUGGCAAUUGGUGCAUUCAACAUAUCUGUGAGCAUGGAGCACCAGCUGAUCGUAGCCGAGCUAUUGACCAUGUUAUUCGCUAUGCUUCGGAAUAUAGUAUGGAUCAGUUCGCUUCUAAGGUUGUUGAAAAGUGUCUCAAGAUUGGCGGAGUUGACUUUCUCGGUCGUUACCUUGAUCGUGUCUGUGAAGGUCGCCUUGAUCGUCCUCGCAUUCCCUUGAUUGAUAUCGCCAGCGAUCAAUAUGGCAAUUAUUUGAUCCAGUAUAUCUUGCAACACUCAAACCCACAACAUCGGGAAAUUGUCGCUUCUCACAUCCGCAAGCACAUGGUUUCCCUUCGUGGUUCCAAAUUCGGCUCUCGAGUCGGCAUGCUCUGCACCAACCCUGCCCUUCAGACUCGUCCAGGUCCCGGUGCUGGUCCCACGAUUAGCAGCGCUCCACCUCCACGUAUGCCACCAUCCAAUGUUCGAUACGGUGGUGCCUACCGUUAA